AUGGAAAAAGUCUGCUUGAUCACCACAGGCGCUACUGCUCCGUUCCCAGAACUCGUUCAAGCAGUGCUCAAGCCCGAGUCUCUUCAACUAUUAGCGGACAACGGCUUCACAAAACUCAUCUUUCAGUGUGGCCAAACUUUCAAGUCGUUCGAAAAUCUCAUGCCAACCGAUCACAAAGGUCUUGAUAUUGAGGUUUUCGAUUUUAAGGCUGACGGUUUGAACCGAGAAAUGAGAAUGUGCCAGGCACAUGAGGGUAUCGCAAAUAACGGCCUGGUCAUAUGCCAUGCUGGUGCAGGUACGAUUCUUGAUGGUAUGAGACUUGGCUUGUCUUUGAUCGUCGUUCCCAAUGACAGCUUGUUGGAUAAUCACCAACUGGAACUCGCGGAAGAACUUGAGCUUCAAGGUUAUGCCACGAAGUCCACUACAAGUGAUCUUCCCAACGCCAUUCAGAUCGCGUGCCAGAGGGGCCAAAGAGCUUGGGCUGGUCACAAUGCCAGUUUUGCUCAGGAAAUCGAUAAGGUUGUAGGCUACGAAGAUGAUGUACGCGCCCGUUUAGACUGA